UAUGCAUAUAAUUGAAUAUUAAUUUAAAUAAAUAAAAUCUAUUGAUUAGUUUCUUUUAUUUUAGAUGAUUUAAUGAGAUUAACUUCAGUUUUAUUUAAAGUAGUUAUGCAUCGAGUGCUUAAUGUUGCAGAAAAGAAUGAUGCAGCUAAAUCUUUAGCUCGUCUUCUUUCAAAAAAUUCAGCAUCUAUGCGUGAGGGAUUUUCAAGAUUUAAUAAAAUUUAUGAAUUUAAUUAUCAACUUUUGAAUCAACCAGUACAAAUGUUUUUUACAUCUGUUUAG